CUUCAGUUGCCUCCACUACCUGCUAGAGAAGAACAUGCAGAGGUGCGCUCCGCUACAAGUUGAAACGAGGCCCCAGUUAGUACCAAACCCGGGAAGCCCGUUAUCCCUUGAAACUUGGUGCAUGGCUGACUUUGAGAGCUGGCUGUGCGAUAACACUACACUUCUGAGAAGUGGAUACAAUAGUACUACACCUUCUUCCAUAGAGAAUACUUCAAAAAUGGCAGGCUUCCACAGUUCUGUCCAUGUUAAUAUCCCGUCACCUUCUUCGGGAGGGCCCACGGCAGCCGAAAGCCCAACACUGUAUGACAGUCCUCCAGGAAAAGGUUAUGUGGGACCUCCACCAUACGUCCAGGUCAAACAAGAAGUGGAAGAAGGGGAUUACCAGUGUCCAGGGUUGCGCAUGGGCGCCAUGGGGCCUAACGUAAACAUUAAGAGGGAAGAGGAAGAAGGAUUGUCCAAUGAAAAGAUGGAGCAAUUGAGGAAUUUGGCAGUGGAGCAAGCAGCGAAAGAUAUUCAUGUUGCUUGUGGUAUUCUUGGAAUUUCUUCUGAUCCAGCAAACUGGAGUUUAGAUGAGGCAAAAUCAUGGUUAUUGUGGACCUUAAAUCAGUACGGAAUGUCUACGGACAUAUUACAGCAUUUUGAUAUGGAUGGACUUGGUUUAACGUCACUUUCAGAGGCAUACUUCAGACAAAAAAUUCCCAACGGUGGCGACAUACUCUAUGCGCAGUUGGAAAUAUGGAAGACGGCGGCAAGUCUCCAAAGGCAGAACAACCAACAUCAUCACCAUCAACAACAACAGCAGCAGCAGCAACAACAACAGCAGCAGCAGCAACAACAACAACAGCAGCAAAAUUUAUUGACAUUUCGGCCCGAAGACAGCAUGCUGGACAUGAGUGGCAUCCUCGACCAAUGGUCCUCCUACCACCCUCAUCAGCGUAUGUCACCCCCGGCUGGUUCCAGGGGUGGUGCUAUGGUGGUAGCUCCAGACAGCAGUAGCUCAGUUGCUUCACCGGACGGCAGUCAUGAUUUCAGCAGUGAAGGAAUGCAGAGUGAUGAUGAGAUCAGCGAUGAAUCUUGUGACGUUGAGCGUUGCGGUGGGAGCCGUUCCAGCCCUUCUGGAGGGGGCCGCCCAGGAUCUCACUCCCACAUUCACCUCUGGCAAUUCCUCAAGGAACUUCUCUGCCAGCCCCAUCUAUACGGCAGUUGCAUUCGAUGGUUGGAUAGGCCGAAAGGUAUUUUCAAGAUUGAGGAUUCUGUGCGUGUUGCUCGUCUCUGGGGUAAAAGGAAGAACAGGCCAGCUAUGAACUAUGAUAAACUGAGUCGAUCCAUUCGCCAGUAUUACAAGAAAGGAAUCAUGAAGAAGACGGAAAGGUCCCAGAGACUGGUCUAUCAGUUCUGCCAUCCUUAUGGCCUCUAAAGAUGUCGCGACCGAGCCGAAGUCUUGUUGUAGCUGGACUAUGACAAUGACUUGGUUGUCCGCAUCAUGUAUUAUAGUUUUAAUUUUCUGUAAAUGUUUGUCAUCGAUUAUUAUUAUUAUUUGUAUUCUUUAAAUAUAUGUAUAAUGAAUUCGAUCCUUCCCGGACAUAAAGGGCUGGUCCCUCAACGUUCGGGGCUUGAUCGCUUCGCGAGGUAUUGGGUUUGGGAAGGUAUGAUUCCCUAUCACCCUUGGCCACAACCUCGUGAAGAUCACACUUCGGAUGAGUCGAUUAAUUUUCGUUGUAUAAUUACUUUUCAUUGUUCUCACUCAAUGUGGCUGAAUUUAUUGGGCUUCGCACUCAGCACAGUCCGGUGUCUGGUCGAGUCUGGUCUGUUCUCGGACUCCCGGACGGACUUUGCGAUGUCCUGAUGAACGUUGGUCCUAUAUAUCAGUGAUAUAUCACUUGUAUGUUCUAAGAACACAACACCUGGAGGUGGUAUUUAGCCUCCACAUUUUUUUACGUAUUUUUUUUCGUCUUUUUUUAAAUGUUCAUUCUUUUCUUGUGUGUUUAUAGGCUUCGUCGGUCGUACCGCUCUUCAUCUUUACCGCCUGGAGCGGUUCUGGUGCUUAAGAGGGGUGUACCGCGAGCCUCCUGGUAUCCUUAUGGCCCAUGUAUGUUCAGUCAUAUGCGGUGCCAUUUUAUUACAUAGUAGUAAUUCCUAUUUUGGGUAUCGGGAGCGCCUAUAUUACUUGCACACAAUUAGUUGGCAUAAUAAUUACAUCUGAAAUAAUAUCUGUACAAAAUGCUUAGUGAAUCAAAACGUAAAGCCUGCUAAUUUGAGUUUUUUAAGCAUAUCCUCUGUACACCAGUAUUGUAAAUCAUUUUGUUAUUAAAAAAAAAUUUAAAGUAUUAUUUGAAUUGAAAAAUGGUGUAUCAUUAUUUAAUUAUUAAUGUGUUAAACAUCUCCAAAUACAUUUCACUUGCAUUGAGUGCAAAGUUGAAUUAUGUGAAAAGUAUUCAAUUGUCUUAUUAUUCAAAUGUUUAGCACUAGAAAAAUGGUCGAAGGUUCUGGCAACCAUAACACCAACCGUUUUUUAAUCAAAUAUAUUUUACCAUUUUUGGUAAGUAAACAAUGUAUAAUAUGUGAAAAAUGUCCUGAACUGUCUUAUGAAGUCGAUUGUAAUGAUUACAUAUUAUUUUGCAACAGAGGAUUGAUUUCAAACCGCAGAUGAUAUUUUUACAUUGCCUCGUUUUAUUGCAUUACUUAUAACAAGAUAUAUUAAGGUAUUUUAUGUUGUUUUUAAAAUAAUAUAUUCAUUGUAAAAAGCGAAAUAUAUGAAAUAACUUUAAUCACACAGCAGUCGCACUAAAAAUUAAAUCAGAAUUACUCAGUAAAAUGUCUUAAUGUAUUCCAGACUAAACAAUGGAAAUAUAAAGUACAGGUUACUAAUUUUAACUUUUUUAUUUUCAUUUAAAAAUAGUUUUAUAUUUAAAAUAUUUUAUUGAAUAAUCGACGAAAUUGAAUAAUUACUUCAAAUUCUUUUAACAAAUUAAAAUUUCUUUUAAAAGUUAAGAUUUCAGCAUGGAAUUUAAUUAAAUGUAGUGCACAGUGCAUUAAAAUAUGCAUAUUAAUAAACGUAACGUAUAUAAAUCUUAAGAUUUGAUUUAAAUAAUGUUACAAAAUGUUAACAUGAAUUCAUUCAUAUGCUAUGUGCAUGUUUCAUUAUUGAAACAGAGCAAAAUGAUAUGUAAUUCAGUUAUGUACUUUCUUGUCAUCAAACUGUGAAGAAACUCUGUUAAUGUGAAUAAACAAUAAAUAUAUAUUAAAGUAGAACUGAUCUCAAAAUGCCAGCGGUUCUGUUGGUAAUAUGGUUGCUCAAUUCUGUUAUUAUCCUUGCUUUGUUUUUUUUCUUUGGAGCUUUGUAUUUCUAAUUAACCACUGGCUGAUGGUCUAAUUGUAUUCUAUAUUCUGGAUGAAAUACUGGGUUGAAAAAAAGUAACUUUUAUUGCUUUUGUUCAGUGUUGAUAGUUUCUGUAUGAGUACAAAGUGAUUUCAAUAAAGAUUUUCAAAGUAGACAA